GUGCACUGGGCACUAGAGUGGACCAGCCACACGCCCAUCCUGUGCAUGUGCACGUACCCUACGCUGCUUCUCCUCCUUCCCUCUCGUCUCCCCACUUGCAGGUGCACUGGGCGUUAGAAUGGACCGACCAUGCACCCAUCCUCCUGUGCAUGUGCACAUACCCUCCACUGCUUCUCAUGCUUCCUCCUUCUUCCCUCUCCUCUCCCCGACCACAUACCCAUCCCCCGAGUGGGAAUGCACAUACCCUACUCUGCUUCUCAUGCAUCCUCCCCUCCCCCCCUUCCCACCUCUCCUCUCCUCACCACCAGGUGCACUGGGCACUAGAAUGGACCGACCACACACCCAUCCCCCGAGUGGGAGUGCACAUACCCUACUCCCGGCCGUUCAGAGAGGCCACCAACCACACCGACAACAUCCCGCGAGACGGUGUGCACUUACCCUACUCUCUUCCCACCCCUCACCCACAGGUGCACUGGGCACUAGAGUGGACCAACCACGUACCCAUCCCCCGAGUGGGAGUGCACAUACCCUACUCCUGGCCAUUCAGAGAGGCCACCAACCACACCGACAACAUGCCGCGGGUAAUCAAAGCUUACAUAAGUGUUUCCGGGUACUUUGCACACGAAGCUAUCUGUCAUGCCUUCCCCCCUGGGGAGCUGGAUGGGUGCGACGAUGUGAAUUACACCCCGCAGCAGCAGAUUUGGCAGUAUGCGUUGAAUUGGUUUGACUGGCCGGCGAUCAAGAACAAGUGGGAGAAUGGGACUUAUUUAUAUGAGGUGUAUCAGAAGGAGAUGCAUUGCUUGUAUUGGGAGGGUGUGACUGCAGCGGGGGAGAGUGGGGAGGAAGGGGAAGGGAAUAGGAGAGAUGAUUUGGUGCGGCAGAUGAGGGAUAAUCAUGACACGCCGUUCGUUGUCGUCGCCACUCCCAAUCCCCAGCUCUCCCCUCCUUCAUGA